UUUUUGCCAACGGUAAUCCACUUUUCACGCAUGUCCGCCCGAAUCAAUGCCUUAUCAAUUGUUUGAUAAGAUAAUACGAUAUGUAAGCAUUCAGACGGACGAUCAUUCGUAAUCGGUAGUCAGAUAGCUUCGGAUCGUACGCCGCCGGAAUGGAUCGUUGGGUAGGAAAAGUGGCCGUAGUGACCGGUUCCAGCUCCGGUAUCGGUGCCGCCGUAGCCAAGGACUUGGCCAAGGCAGGAAUGGUGGUCGUUGGGCUGGCACGGCGAGUGGAGUGCGUCGAAGCUCUGAAGCAGAAUUUACCGGAAUCUGCUCGAAAUCGACUCAAUGCGUUCAAGUGCGAUGUUUCGAAGGAGGAAGAUAUUCUUGGGACCUUCAAGUGGAUCGAGGAGAAGUUCGGAGGUGUUGACGUGCUGAUCAACAAUGCUGGAAUUCUGCCAGAGGCGGAUCUGUUAGAAGCCGAAAAUACUCAACUGUUGCGUGAUGUAAUGGAUACGAAUGUGAUGGGGUUGGUGCUGUGCAGUCGGGAGGCUUAUCAAUCGAUGAAGAAGCGUUCGGUCGAUGGCCAUGUUGUGCAUAUCAACAGUAUUGCCGGUCGCAGAGUUCCGAAUUUUCCGAAGCUGAACAUUUACGUUGCGUCCAAACAUGCGGUUACGGCCAUCACAGAAACGAUGAGGAACGAACUAAGAACAGCGGGUACGGGGAUUAAGGUUACGAGCAUCAGCCCCGGUAUGGUUGAGACAGAAAUCUUACCAGAUUCAAUCCGUUCUACAAUGCCAAUGUUGAAAUCUGAGGAUAUUUCAGAAGCCGUACUGUAUGUACUUGGGACGCCUCCACGAGUACAAAUCCAUGAAUUGAUAAUUAAACCGAUAGGGGAAACUAUGUAAUGCUAGAAUAUGUUUUUAAUGAAUGUAUACGAUGCCAUUUCAGUGGUGAGAAUGAGCACCACAAAUGAAUUCUAUUAAACAAAUUCCAUCAUUAAAAAAUAAAAUAAUUAUUAAUCUUGCUCGACCAGCUACUGUCAUCGUUAUUAUAACGACAUCAGUAUCGCAUUUCAGCUAGACAAUGCUUUUUCACGUUUGAUAAGAUAGAGAGGUCAGUAUAUUUUUAUAAUCAUGCAGCAUUAGGAAUAUUGAUUUCAACAUUUCGUGGAGAUUGGAUUUGCUCCGGGGUUGACUCGUUGGGUGGGAAAAGCAGCCGUGGUGACCGAAUCCAGCUUAGGAACUGGCGCCACGGUGCUCCCCAGACCGUUAUUAUAAAAUAAAAAUCUCCAUCCAACCGGUGCCCAUCAUUCGUUUUCUAUGACUAUCCUGCAUGUCUGGGCAAAAUUUCAAAAAAAAAUCGUAGGACCCAUUUUGGAGUUACGCCCUUAUAAAGGGCGUAAAGUCCUGUUUUCAAGGAAAGAAUCUAAAUAUUUAUGUACUCUGCCAUUUUUUAUAAGAAUUUGAUGAAAUAUUCACGCGAACAAUCGUUUUGCAUAGAGUAUCAGUUGUGUUGAACAUAGUUUUGGCUGAUUUGUUGAUGAAAAUAUGAGUAUUUAAGUGUUGUAAUGAGAAUAAGUUCGUACUUCUAUAUGAAUAUUUCAAUCGAGAUCAACUUCAACAAAGAUGAAACUGCGUGAAAGAAAUUUCAAGAAAACGAAACAUAUGAAGAUAUGUAUGUACCUAAUACAUGAUAAAAGGUGAAACUUAAAAAGAAUAUUACGUUAAGAAAGGAGAAAUUCUAGAAGAAAAUUAGAGCAAUGGAAUUUCAUGCAUAUAAGUUCAUUUCCACACAUCAAUGAAAAAUAUAUGUCAGAAAUAAGUAUGUGGCCAAGCAAACCCCAACUCAAGUAACUCAUUCAGGGAAUGGGCUUCAAAAAUGUUUGCAAUAAGAUAUUAUUGCAGGGGCCUAAUUCCCACUUCUAACGUACACACAAAAAUGAGAGCACUUCAUUUAUCAGGGACGCACAGUGGAGCACCUAGAACAUCAAAACUGAUCAAAAUUAUGUUAACGUAUUUUCGCAACCCAAAUACAACCCAAAUUAGUAAUGAAUCGUAUUUCAUAGUUUUCAAUGAAUUUUAUAACAAUAAAUUCACCUAGCAGUAAGAAACAACCAACCUAACCGACUUCAACAAGAUUUUUUUUUUAAAUAAUACAACCAUUGCAUAGAAAAUCGAUAUAGUGUGUCUUCGAACAUCGUGAUACUUGGUGGUUUUGUAGUUUAUCGAAAAUAAUUAGACUCGUAUUUUUUUUCAUUUCGUCAUUAGGGUGACCAAUUUUAUGAUUGUAAAAAUCAAGAUUAUUCGAAACCAAUUUUUUUCCAAAAAAUCACAGCUUUUGAACCAGUUGACCGACUUUAAACUUUAUUUUUUUUUUGCUUGAAAGCUGUUGAAUUCUAGUUAUCAGCAAAAAUACGUUCAGAGGGCCAAAUACAUAGUGUUUUUAGGAAAAUAAUAUCAUAUAAUAAUGUAAUUAUCACGAUUUUUUCAAAGUGUUGCAACUUUUGAAAUCGGAAACAUCCGGAAGGUUUUAUUUCUGCAUUUGAAAGAGGAACAAUAGUUUUAUCAUACACUAAAAGCAGAUUUCCCGGAAACAGCCGGAAAAUCAACUUAUUUCAUUUUGAAUGUAUUUUUUUCAAUAUUUUCAUAUAUUGUAUGUAAACUUAACGUCAAUUUGUUUGGGUUUCAAAUUAACAGAAUAACAACAUUAACCUUCUGUAACAAACUGCAUCGUUGAAUUGAUUGACUAUCAAUUUUAUUCACUUUGUACGGUCAAAACUAGCACACGCUGUGAGUUAUAUCAAAGAAAACGGCUCAAAUUCAGCUUCACUAAACCUCUUCUGAUAAGCGUAAACAAAACAUUUGGACACUGCUUAGCUGUCAAACGAUUACACGAUAACUACACUUGGCAAAAACACAACAGAAAACCCGAUUACUUCAUUUUGAGUUUUUCCACUUAUGAUCAGGUUUUGAUAUGAUUUACUCCAAUGUGGGACGUAAGCCAAUUGGACCAGAAAUCUCAUUGGACUUAUAUUUAGCCUAAACUGAUAUAAAUAAAAAAAAAAAAUAUAAAUGAUACAGGAUACAAUGUCAAUGCAUCUGAUAAAUUUCUAUAAACGUUUUUAUUUCCUUAAAAAAAGAUAUUUCAAGUUAUCAGUUGAUCUCAAAUGUUGAUUGAAUGAAUUUAAGGCUAAAAAAUCUUUGCGCACUCGAGCUUCGCCCAUCUAUUUGACACAUAUGUCCAACUACUAUUCAAAUUUUUUUUUUACCUGUAUUAACGAGAUUUUUAGCCCUGGGCUAGUUCAUCUGUGGACCCACGUUUUACUUCCCUUCCGAAGGAAGAACUCACAUUUUGUGAGUUUGUCGGGAGUGGGAUUCGAUCCCAGGUCCUCGGCGUGAUAGUCAAGUGUUCUAACCAUCCAACCAGAUCCGCUCCACACUAUUCAAAUUUGUACAUACCAGAAAAAGGAAGGAAAGUGGAAGCCAAUUUUAUUAAUAAUAUGAGUUCUAGAUUUUCUAAGAGAGAUGCAUAGUGCACAAUCGCCUGUUUUUCAUGUUAUUUUUAAAACGAUAUUGGCGUUCAUAGUUUCUACAAUUCCACAGUCAAAAGAAUUUACUGAGGGCUCGUUUAUAAUCUACGUUGACUCGAAGAAGGAUGAUGCCAAAGUGUACGGUUUAUACAAAUUAAAAAAAAAAUGGGAGGACCAAAGUCAACGGGAGGGAAGGGGUUGGAGAUAAUCAAAAUUGGUUCUACGUAGACUAUGGACAGCGCUCAUGUUAAAAUAAGCUGCGCAAACUCAUUGAAGAAAUUACUCAUCUAAAGCAUGUGCACUCCCGAUCAAAAGUUUGGGGUCACCCCCUCAAAAACAUGUCAUUUUUUUAGGCCCAUAUCUCCGCCAAUUUGCGUCCGAUUUCAAAACCCUAGUUUUCAUUCAAAAGAUAAUAAGUCAAAGAAACUUUGAACAUGAUUUAAAAGAAAAUUUUUCAAAAAACUUUGCAAGUAAACUUAACCAAAAGUUGCCGAAUUUUCUAAAAAAUGAAUAUUAACUUACGGCAGUGUCGCUGGAAAUUGGGUGGACCAAAUUUUAAGAUUGAGAGCGGUAAUAUAACCCAUUUUCUGUUAGCUUUCACCUGCUUUUUAUAGAGCUUAGCUAAAAAAUCUAGAAAAAAAGUUAUUAAGUAAAUUAGCCCUUGAUGUCAUCGACCAAAAGUUUGGGAUCACCCCUCAAUAUGAUUUAUCAGCCAAAAGUUUGGGGUCACUUUCGUAAAACGUGGCAAAGUGAUUUGGUGAUAUCUUCGUCAUCUAUAGUUCUAUUUCAAUUCUUUUUGGCUCAUUUCAAAGAUAACUAACUAAAUUUACGUUUGAUGUUUUAACUUAACAAAUUUAACGAUUUUUGUAUAUAAAAAUGUUAUGUAAAGUUAACACAUUUCACCACAUUUCAAAAUAUGAGGCAACUUUACGUUAAGUUUUAGUAUGUAAAUUUCAAAAAAUAUGUGUGGUUCAAUGUCUAUGCAGUAAGUAUCAUUCAUUAUGUUUCAAAUAAGCCAUGAAGAAUUAAAAUUUAAUGAAAGAUGACAAAGAUAUCAAUAAAUCACUUUUCCAUGUUUUACGAUAGUGUCCCCAAACUUUUGGUCGAUGACAUCAAGGGCUAAUUUACUUAAUAACUUUUUUUUCUAGAUUUUUUAGCUAAGUUCUGUUUAAAGCAGUUGAAAACUAUUAGAAAAUGGGUUAUAUUACCGCUCUCAUCUUAAAAAUUGGUCGACCCAAUUUCCAGCGACACUGCCGUAAGUUUAUAUGAAUUUUUUAGAAAAUUCGGCAACUUUGAGUUAAGUUUAAAUACAAAGUUUUUUGAAAAACUUUAUUUUAAAUCAUGUUCAAAGUUUCUUUGACUUAUUAUCUUUUGAAUGAAACCUAGGGUUUUGAAAUCGGACGCAAAUUGGCGGAGAUAUGGGCUUAAAAAAAUGACAUGUUUUUGAGAAGGUGACCCCAAACUUUUGAUCGGGAGUGUAUGUAUGUCUCUUAAAAAAGUAAUACCCCGACUUAGUUCGGCUUAAGAGUUAUUCCAAGACUUUUCUUUCACAUUGUUUACAUGUUCUUAAGUUUAUCAUGAGACCAUCCUCCUCCUCUCCUCUUCUUGGCGUAACGUCCUCACUGGGACAAAGCCUGCUUCUCAGCUUAGUGUUCAAUGAGCACUUCCACAGUUUUUAACUGAGAGCUUCCUCUGCCAAUGACCAUUUUGCAUGUGUAUAUCGUGUUGCAGGUACGAAGAUACUCUAUGCCCAAGGAAGUCAAGGAAAUUUCCUUUACGAAAAGAUCCUGGACCGACCGGGAAUCUAUCCCGUCACCCUCAGCAUGGUCAUGCUGAAUACCCGUGCGUUUACCGCCUCGGCUAUAUGGGCACAUGUGACACAUAAAAAAUAAAAGAUUCUGCGGUCAACCGGCUCCGAACCAAGAACCUUGUUAUUGUUAUAAUCGCAUGAUGACCAAUCAGCUAUCGAAUUAUUUUCUAUAUAAGAAGACCAAUCACAGUAAAGAGACGGUUGUGGUGUGAUAUUCAUGUUUUAACAUAGUAAAUUUAAAAACGAUUUUGUGGUCUUUAGCUUCGCAAAGUGAUUUUCAGUGUAUAGUUAUUAUUAUUUAUACACUACUUUUAUAUUUAAAAUAUUACGUAUAUCUGGCUAAAUGCCAUUCUCAUUGGAAAUAUAUAAUUCACUACAUUUUAGAGUUCCUGAUUUUAUGCAUACGUGAUUCGUUAUUUUUGGCGAAAAAAACUAGUAUGUUAAGGCGCUGUCCAUAAACUACGUAGACUCAUUUGUGACCAUCUCAGAAAGGGGGUUUCCCAUAUGAAUGCCCCCUGGGUGCCGUUGCCAUAGUAACCGUCAUUAUUAUACAUUCUUAUGCACAAUAUUGGUUCUGAGCAGCUCUUUCAAUGCAGGGCAAGAUGCAGGGCAUAAAAAAGGUACAUAGAUGUAAAGUGCAUAAACAUAAACUGAACAAAAUGAAGUUAUAAUGUACUUGCAUGUGUGCAAACAAAGUUUAGUUAUCGUUGUAUAUGAGAUUUAACAUAACGAGUUAAACAAGAAGUGAACAAAACUGAAAAGUUGUGAGUCAUUUUUUCAGAAAUUUAUUCUGGGAUUUCUUUAAAAAAUCUUUCCGUGAUUUAUUCAGAAAUGAUUUCGUUUUUUUUUUGGGAAACUCUUCCAAAAAUUCCUUCAGAAAUUCUUCCAUUGAUUCCUUUUUUCCAUGGAUGCUUCCAACAAUUUUCCUAGGAAUUAUUUAAAGGAUUCUUUGAAAAAUAUCUAUGAUGGAAUUUUUCAAAAAAAAAAAAAUCUUGCGUGGAUUGCUUCAGAAUUUCUUCAAUGAUUAUUUCCAGAAAUUCAUCCAGGGUUUUUUUUUUGGGAAUUCGUCCAGUGGUUAUUAUUCAGAUGUUUCUCGUCAGAGCUUUCUUUAGAAAAACCUACAGAAAUUUCUUCAGGAAUACUUUUGUUUUUAUUCAGUAACAUUUCCUUAAAAUUCCUUCGGAAAUUCCUCUCUGAAUUGCUUCUUCUAGGUUCUUCUAGGGCUUCUAUUGGAAAUUGUACCGUACAGGUAAUAAAGAAAGUCUCUUUCUCUGAAGUCGUUGUCUAAUAUUGUCAAUCGGGGAUUUUUUUAAUUAUCGUACAAAUUGGGCCGAAGGGUUUCAGAAUUUCAUGAAACUUUUUCUACAGACAGGGCUCAUGGAUAUAUGACCAGAAAAAAAUUGAAAAAAAAUCAGGGUCGCCUAUUUUCCCGGAAAACUCAGGUGGAAAUUUGUUGUUUUCCCCCAACACUACUUUCUUUGAAAAUUCAUAUCUCAAGAACGAUGCAUCGUAGAAACAAAGUUUUUUCUAGAAAAUGAAAGCAAAUUUUCUCAGAAAUUCAAAAAAAUAUGAGCUGGAAAAAGUUUUCCACAAAAUUUCCCACAGUUGAGAAAAUUCGUAAAGAAAAGUUGGAAAAACUAUGCCCGACCUCGUGGAAAAUUUACAAAAAAUAUUUUUGAGAGCUUAUUUUAGCGAUCAAUGAUUGUUCCUUUUUUUUUAUCUGUAUUAACGAGAUUUUUAGGCCUAGGCUAGUUCAUCUCGGGACCCACGCUUUACUUCCCUUCCGAAGGAAGAACUCACAUUUUGUGAGUUUGUCGGGAGUGGGAUUCGAUCCCAGGUCCUCAGCGUGAUAGUCAAGUGUUCUAACCAUCACACCAGGUCCGCUCCACUUAUUUGUUCCUGAGUUAUGGCCAAUUUUGUGAAAAAUUACCAUAUACAUAUAUGGUCAUUUUUCACAAAAUUGGCCAUAACUCAGGAACGAAAAAAAAGACAUUCCAAAAACUUCAGCGAUCAAAGCUUAUGAUUGCAGCGAUCAAAACUUUAGAUAACCUUCUCAAAAAUAUUUUUUUGAAAAUUUUCCGCAAAUUCGGGCAUAGUUUUUUUGACUUUUCUUUAUGAAUUUUCUCAACGGUGGAAAAUUUUGUGAAAAACAUUUUCCACUUCAUAUUUUUUUUGGAUUUCUGAGAAAGUUUGCUUUCAUUUUCAUUAAAAAAAACUUUGUUUCUGUGAUUCUUCGUUCUUGAGUUAUGAUUUUUCAAAAACAGGCUUAUUAGGCACAUUUGGACAUUUUUCAACAAAAUUGGUCAUAACUCAAAAACGAAAAAAAAAGUCCAUUCCAAAAAUUUCAGCGAUUAAAGCUUAUGAAAUAACCUUCUCAAAAAUAUUUUUUUGAAAAUUUUGCACGAGUUCGGGCAUAGUUUUUCCGGCUUUUCUUUACGAAUUUUCUCAACUGUGGGAAAUUUUGUGGAAACUUUUUCCAGUUCGUAUUUUUUUUUUUGGAUUUCUGAGAAAAUUUGCUUUUAUCUUCUAUAAA